GCGGGUGAUGAGGGUCAUGCCUGCUCUCGCCUAUCUUAGUUUCAUUUUCCAGCUCUACACCUGGACAUUUGAAAGAGAAGAACUAAAACCACAUCCUUUGUACUCUCAUAUAUAAGAGGAAAGAAACAAAAACAGAGAGAUCCCUGCUGAUUGAUGUGGGAAAGCCACGAUGAGGAACGCCUGUGUUCCCCGGGUGUCGGCUCUUGCUACUGUCUUUUUUCUUCUGCUAAUUCCUGAAGGUGGCUGUGAAAGGAUCAUUGGAGGAGACACAGUGGUUCCUCACUCAAGACCGUACACAGUUCUACUUAAACUUAAUUCAAAGAGCAUCUGUGCUGGUGCUUUGAUUGCAAAGGACUGGGUGUUGACUGCUGCCCAUUGUAACUUGGGAAAGAGAUCUGAGGUCAUUCUUGGGGCUCACUCAACAAAGAAGGAGCCAGAACAACAGAUAUUAUCUGUUAAGAAAGCAUUUCCCAAUCCAUGCUUUGACAAAUAUACACACAAGGGUGAUCUACAACUUCUACAGCUAAAUAAAAAAGCAACAAUUAACAGAAAUGUGGCUGUCCUUCGUCUACCUGAAAAGGCAGAUGAUGUGAAACCAGGAACCAGAUGCCAAGUAGCAGGGUGGGGGAGUUCUUGCAAUAAGUCACCUCACUCUGAUACUCUGAGAGAAGUCAACAUCACUGUCAUAGACAGAAAAAACUGCAAAGAUAAAAAACACUGUAAUUUUAACCCUGGAAUUGGACUAAAUAUGAUUUGUGCAGAAAGUCUCCAGGGUGGAAAGGACUCAUGCAAUAAAGAUUCUGGAAGCCCUCUGCUAUGUGAUCGUAUUCUCCAAGGCAUCGCUUUAGGCCUUAAGGGGAAGUGUGGAGAUCCCCGAGGGCCUGGCGUCUAUACUUUCAUCUCAGAGACAUACCUCCAAUGGAUAAAGAAGACUAUGAAGGGAGCUGUGUAAAUGUGUGACUUUCACUCUAUCCACUGUCACUCCUGUGUCUGAGCACAAAUAAAGUCAGCUUGAAUAGC